AUGGCCGAGCCUCUGAUAACCAACGGCAAUGGAGCUGCUGAAGGGGGUGCUGCGGGCUCUGCGUUUGCGUCGGUGAAGGUGCCGCCACCGUCGCCGCCGAGGAGGCUGCAGAGGUUCGACUCCCUGCAUAUGGAGGCCGGGAAGAUUCCUGGCGGCCACAGCUAUGCGGCCAAGCAGGUUGGCUGGGCGACGACACUGCACUUGGCCUUCCAGAGCCUAGGUGUGGUUUAUGGGGACAUGGGAACUUCACCCCUCUAUGUGUUCUCCAGCACCUUUACUGGUGGGAUCAAGGACACAGAUGACCUCCUUGGUGUCAUGUCCCUGAUUAUCUAUACUGUGCUUCUCCUUCCAUUGAUGAAAUACUGCUUCAUUGUCUUGAGAGCUAAUGACAACGGCGAUGGCGGAACAUUUGCACUUUAUUCCUUGAUAUCUCGGUAUGCUAGGAUUAGCUUGAUACCAAACCAGCAGGCUGAAGAUGCAACAGUCUCUCACUACAAGUUAGAGUCCCCCACGAAUCGUGUCAAGCGGGCUCAUUGGAUUAAGGAAAAGAUGGAAAACAGCCCGAAAUUUAAGGUCAUACUUUUCCUAGUGACAAUUCUAGCAACAUCAAUGGUUAUUGGUGACGGUGUGCUCACUCCAUGUAUUUCAGUGCUUAGUGCAGUUACGGGAAUCAAGCAAUCAGCAAAGUCGUUAACUCAAGGACAAAUUGCUGGCAUCGCAAUCGGCAUUCUGAUCGUCCUCUUUCUUGUCCAGCGCUUUGGCACAGACAAAGUUGGUUACACAUUUGGCCCAGUAAUCUUUAUAUGGUUCAUCUUAAUUGCCGGCAUUGGGAUUUAUAAUUUGAUCAAACAUGAUACUGGAAUUCUGAAAGCAUUCAACCCACAAUACAUAGUGGAAUAUUUCCAAAGAAAUGGGAAGGACGGCUGGAUUUCGCUUGGAGGUGUUAUCUUAUGCAUUACAGGAACCGAAGCAAUGUUUGCUGACCUUGGUCACUUCAAUGUGAGAGCAGUUCAGAUUGGCUUUUCUGCAGUUCUGCUCCCAUCAGUAUUGCUUGCUUACAUGGGUCAGGCUGCAUAUCUUCGCAUCCACCCUGAAGAUGUUGCAGAUACAUUCUACAAAUCAAUCCCAGGUCCAUUAUAUUGGCCAACAUUUGUGGUGGCCGUGGCUGCUGCUAUAAUUGCAAGCCAAGCUAUGAUUUCUGGUGCCUUUGCAAUCAUUGCUCAGUCCCAAGUUCUUGGUUGCUUUCCACGGGUUCGUGUCACUCACACCUCAAAAAAGUAUCAUGGGCAGGUCUACAUCCCUGAGAUCAACUAUGCAUUAAUGAUCUUAUGUGUAGCUGUGACAGCUAUUUUCCAAACUACAGACAAGAUCGGCAAUGCAUAUGGUAUUGCUGUCGUCUUUGUGAUGUUCAUAACAACACUUCUAGUCACACUGGUAAUGGCCAUGAUAUGGAAGACAAGUCUGCUGUGGAUUGCACUCUUUCCAAUAAUAUUUGGCAGCGCAGAGCUCCUGUACUUAUCCUCAGCAUUCUACAAAUUUGUAGAAGGUGGCUACUUGCCACUAGGUUUUGCAGCAAUUUUGAUGCUUAUAAUGGGCACAUGGCACUAUGUUCAUGUUCAUCGGUACAAAUACGAGCUCAAGAACAAAGUGUCAAACAACUAUGUGGCCGAGUUGGCAACAAGGCGAAAUCUUGCUAGGCUGCCAGGAAUAGGCGUUCUGUACUCUGAGCUUGUGCAAGGAAUCCCACCCAUACUGCCCCAUUUGGUAGAAAAAGUACCUUCCAUCCAUUCAGUUCUUGUGAUUAUCUCAAUAAAGUUCUUACCAAUCAGCAAUAUAGAAACAAAUGAGAGGUUCCUCUUCCGAUACGUGGAGCCAAGAGAAUACAGGGUAUUCCGAUGUGUGGUGCGCUAUGGUUACAACAAUAAAGUAGAAGAUCCAAGAGAGUUCGAGAACUUGCUUAUUGGGAACUUGAAGCAAUUCAUCCAUCAAGAAUCACUCUACAGCGAAAGUAGUCAUUCCCUUGAAGGAGAAGAUAAUGCAUUCGAAGAAUCAGGAGAUGCAAUGGAGCCUUCUGUUGAAGUUCAAGACGCAAGGUUGCCGAAAAGGUUUUUAGAUGGAAUCACUGCUAGCCCAGUGAACGGGUUAAUGGAUGAGAUAGAGUUUAUUCAGAGAGGGAUGGAUGAUGGUGUUGUCCAUCUGCUGGGAGAAACUAACGUGGUGGCGGAGCAAGAUGCCGGUUUGGUGAAGAAAAUAAUAGUUGACUACGCCUACAAUUUCAUGAGGAAGAACUUCAGGCAACCAGAGAAGAUCACAUGUGUUCCACAUAACAGGCUGCUGCGGGUGGGAAUGACAUAUGAGAUCUAG